UAUCAGCAUUAUCGGUUUUCAGUGCGAGAAUCACGCAUGUGCGCGUCGUGCGAUCACAGAGGAAACCCGAACAUAAGAUGAUCAUGAGAAACUUAUUCCGAACCGUUCCGCGUUUUCGACGUGCUCUGUUACAGUUAAAACAAUACAGUACUGGAACGAAUGAACCGCAAUUCCUGGGAAUCAACAGUAACUUUACCAAUAAUGUUCAAUUUGUCAAUAGAGACAGUUAUGAACCUAUACCAAUAUAUAGGAUUUUGGAGCCUUCACAAAAGGUUGAAUUGCCUAUAGAUGAAAAGUUGAACGAAACAUAUCUGGUGAAAAUGUACCGUGAUAUGGUGACUAUAAGUAUCAUGGAUAAGAUUCUAUAUGAAUCACAAAGGCAAGGUCGCAUCUCGUUUUAUAUGACGAACACAGGCGAGGAAGCAAUACAGAUUGGCUCCGCCGCCGCUUUGACACUGGAGGACACGAUUUACGCACAAUAUCGCGAGGCUGGUGUGUUGCUGCAUCGUGGAUAUCCAUUGUUGAAGUUUAUGAAUCAGUGUUAUGGUAAUUGCGAGGACGAUGGCAAAGGGAGACAGAUGCCGGUGCAUUACGGUUCCAAAGAAUUGAAUUUCGUGACUAUAUCGUCUCCGUUGACGACUCAACUUCCACAAGCUGUGGGGGCCGCCUACGCUUUCAAGUUGGACAAAAAGAAUGCGUGUGUGGUUUGUUACUUUGGUGAGGGUGCAGCGAGCGAAGGCGACGCUCACGCGGCAUUCAACUUCGCGGCUACUUUGUCGUGUCCCAUCAUUUUUUUCUGUCGAAAUAACGGAUAUGCCAUCUCUACACCAGCCUUGGAACAGUUCAAGGGGGAUGGUAUCGCAGCCAAAGGCCCGGCUUAUGGAAUUAACACGAUCCGAGUAGAUGGCAACGAUGUGCUCGCAGUUUACUACACUACAAAAAAGGCUCGGGAAUUCUGUAUAAAGCAGCAAAAACCCGUCCUGAUAGAAGCCAUGACCUACAGACUUGGACAUCACAGCACAUCGGACGAUUCCACAGCUUAUCGAUCAACCGAUGAGAUUGCUCAAUGGAAUAUCCAUACGCCCCUUGCCAAAUUCCGUUUGUAUUUGGAAUCGCUUGGAUUAUGGUGUCAAAAGAGAGAACAGGAAUUGAUAGACUCUACUAAGAAGGAAAUUCUUCGUGUCUUUAGUGAGGCAGAAAGCAAGUCCAAGCCACAUUGGAAGAAUCUGUUUACGGAUGUCUAUAAGGAAAUCCCUGAUCACAUCAGGAAACAAAUGAAUCUAAUGGAAAAGCAUAUGGAGGAAUUUAAAGAACAUUAUCCAUUAAAUUCUUUUACGCCUUCAAAGUAAGAAAAUAGAAUUCACUUGUAAUUGUUAUAUAAUUUUAUACGUUUAUUUUAAUAAUAUAAAGUCUUAAAUUAACAAAAACAUACACUGUACAAGAGCAUUCUUUA